AUGGAAGAAGAGCAAGACGGGCAUUUGGACAACAAUAUCCACGCAGCGAAGGAUUCAGACAGACAGCAGCGGCUCAGGCUUUGCGUCCUGAACGAAACGCUAAACACCGAGAGGGAUUACGUCCGCACUUUGCUUUUCCUCCAGUCGGCCUUUUUAGAAAGAAUCAGACAGACCCCGGAUGAUCAGCAGUGUCUGGCGCCAGAACAUGUCAAGAUUCUGUUUUCCAAUAUUGAGGACAUCCUGGAGUUGCACAAAGAAGUUUUAUCAGCAGUAGAAGCUAGUCUGCAGCCGGAACCCCAGCCGUAUCAAGCUCUGGGACAUGUCUUUCUCCAAUUUAGAGAGAGCUUCUCCGUGUAUGGGGAGUACUGCAGUAACCAUGAGAAAGCACUGCGGCUGCUUAUGGAGCUCAACAAAGUUCCUCACAUCAGAACUUUUCUGCUGCAUUGCAUGCUACUGGGCGGGAAGAAGAGCACAGAUAUCCCACUGGAGGGCUACCUCCUCACCCCCAUUCAGAGAAUCUGCAAAUACCCACUUCUCCUGAAGGAGCUUUUGAAGAGAACCCCUAAAAAACAUGCAGACUAUCCUGCAGUGGAGGAGGCUCUGCAGGCCAUGAAGGCUGUCUGUUCCAACAUCAACGAGACCAAGAGGCAAAUGGAGAAACUGGAAGCUCUGGAACAGCUGCAGUCCCACAUAGAGGGCUGGGAGGGAACUAACUUGACGGAUAUCUGCACAGAGCUCCUGCUUCACGGAAACCUUCUGAAAAUCUCUGCUGGAAACAUUCAGGAACGCGUUUUCUUCUUAUUUGACAACCUUUUAGUUUACUGCAAGAGGAAAUCCAGGGUCUCUGGAAAGAAGUCCACCAAAAGGACCAAAUCUAUCAACGGGCCCCUCUAUGUGUUCAGGGGCAGGAUCAACACAGAGGUGAUGGAGGUGGAAAAUGUGGAGGAUGGCACAGCGGAUUACCAUAGCAACAACUACACAGUGACAAAUGGAUGGAAGAUCCACAACACGGCGAAAAACAAGUGGUUCGUGUGCAUGGCCAAACAUGCAGAAGACAAGCAGAAGUGGUUAGACGCCAUCUUGAGAGAGCGGGAGCAGAGAGAAAGCUUGAAGCUGGGAAUGGAGAGAGACGCCUACGUAAUGAUCGCUGAAAAAGGAGAAAAACUCUACCACAUGAUGAUGACCAAGAGCCGGCACCUGAUAAAAGAUCGACGGCGUAAACUAAGCAUUGUGCCCAAGUGCUUUAUGGGAAAUGAGUUUGUUUCCUGGCUGAUCGAAAGUGGAGAGAUCAGUAAAGCCGAAGAAGGGGUGAAUCUGGGACAGGCCUUACUCGAAAAUGGCAUCAUCCACCACGUGUCAGACAAACAUCAAUUUAAGAACGAGCAGGUCCUGUACCGGUUCCGUUAUGACGACGGCACUUACAAAGCUCGCAGCGAGAUGGAGGACAUCAUGUCGAAGGGCGUCAGACUGUACUGCCGCCUGCACAGCCUCCACACGCCAGUCAUCAAGGACAGAGACCACCAUUUGAAAACGUUCAAGUCUGUUAUGCCUGCAAGCAAAUUUGUGGACUGGUUGCUCUCACAGGGAGACUGCUCGACCCGAGAGGAUGCUGUGACGCUUGGAGUGGGCCUCUGCAACAGCGGCUUCAUGCACCAUGUGUUGGAGAAGAGUGAGUUCAAAGAUGACUCCCAGUUUUUCCGCUUCUACGCUGAUGAAGAGACUGAGGGAACCGGCGUCAAGAGCAAACAGCUGCAGCGCAAUGACUUCAAACUCAUGGAGAACAUCCUGGUCAAGUCUCUGGUGAUUCACCCCGAGGAGGAGGACUACGGCUUUGAGAUAGAGGAGAAAAACAAGGCCAUUGUGGUGAAGUCUGUCACAAGAGGCUCCCACGCUGAGAUGGCCGGUCUACAGGUGGGCCGCAAGAUCUACACCAUCAACGAGGACCUGCUGUUUCUCAGGCCAUUCUCUGAGGUGGAAACGAUGAUCAGCCAGUCCUUCUGCAUACGGAGGUCUCUGCGGCUGCUGGUCGCCACCAAAGCCAAGGAGAUUGUGAAGAUUCCUGAUAAUCCGGACAGUCUUUCAUUCAGGCUGUCGGGCUCUGCUCCUCCUCAUGUGCAUGCGAUCAGAAAAGGCCUGGAGGCAGCGGGGGCGGGGCUUCAGCCUGGACAGGUCAUCCUCAAGGUCAACGGUAACAACGUGAACCUCAGCGACUUCCAGGAAGUUCUGGAGCACUUCAGCGGCCAGCACACGCACCAGGAGCCUCUGCACGCGGGUCAGUGGGUAUACAGAGCGUUCGCAGAUGCAGAGGCUCAAGACUCACAGCAAAAGGAGGACGUAUUGCGGCCAUAUUCGGUAGAAAAUGGAUCAGACCACGAUGAAGAGAAUGGCACUAAUGGAACAGACUACCAACUCAACAGACUUUCCCUGUCUGAAGACCUCCCAUCAGUCAGCCUCACAGUUGACAACGUUCAUUUAGAGCAUGGCGUGGUGUACGAGUACGUCAGCACAGCCGGUAUUAAGUGCAAUGUCCUGGAGAAGAUUGUGGCGCCUAAAGGUUGCUUUAGCCUCACUGCAAAGAUCCUCGAGGCGUUUUGUAAUGACGACAGCCUCUUUGUGCACAACUGCAGUCAGCUCAUCUCCCAGAGCGACCGAGUGGUUACGAUGCCUCAGUUCGAGUUCAGACAGAUUUGUGACACCAAGCUGGAAAGUAUCCGGCGGCGAAUCAGAAAUUACCAGCAGUUUGCUUUGGAGCUCGGUAACAAGGUGUGGCCCCCCUUCAGACAGGCUGGAAUACGUCCACACAGUCUGGGCUGCAUGGACUUUGUACCCACCAACUGUCAUGUAAACCUAAUGCAGGUGUCGUACCCAAAGAGCACCACAUCUGCAGGCAGAACGUUCAGCAUCCGAUUCGGCCGCAAGAACUCUAUUUUUGGCCUGGACCCCGAUCAAGCCCAACUGAACCCCAUGUCCCACACGCAGCACUGUGUGACCAGUAUGGGAGCUCCAUCGUGGACCUGCAGUGGUCUGGAGGGGGACAAGGGAGAGGAUAGUGGGGAGGUGCUGCUGGAGGACGGCUGUGUGAACGGCAGAAGGAGCCAAGGAGAAGGCGGCCUGAGUAACCUCCUCAAACAGGAAGACACCGAGAGCCAGGACAACUACAUUCAGCUGUACAGUCGACUCGACGUGGCCGUGAGGGAGAUGCGGCUUUACGUGGCUCAAAUAGACGUCCUGUUGUCCUCGAUCACAGAACCAACACAGCUGCAGGGGGACAGUGGGGACCCUCCGGUGUACGAGCCCAGCCAGCCUCCCACUAUAGCUCCAUGUGAGGACGGCUGUGACCAGGACAAGGUGGAACAUGGGGGCAUAAAGAGGGUCUGUUUUAAAGUGAACGAAGAAGACCAGGAGGACUCGGGCCACGACACGAUGAGCUACAGAGACUCGUACAGUGAGUGCAACAGUAACAGAGACUCGGUGCUGUCCUACACCAGUGUGAGGAGCAACAGCUCAUACCUCGGGAGCGAUGAGAUGGGAUCAGGCGAUGAGUUGCCUUGUGACAUGAGGAUUCCCUCUGACAAGCAGGACAAACUGCACGGCUGCCUCGAGCACCUCUUCAACCAGGUUGACUCCAUUAACAACUUGCUGAAGGGACCAGUCAUGACUAAGGCCUGUGAAGAGACAAAGCACUUUUACUCUGACCACAGCCAGCCAGGUAUGCGAGCCUCAGAAAGCAGGUUUCAGCUGAGAAGGCUAACCCCCAAAUUACACCAAAGCAUCUACGAGUUUCGUCACACUGAAGACUGGACGGUUCGCUGUCGAUACAUUAUCCAUAAAAACAUCCAAGAGGACCCCUGGAAUCUGCCCACCUCCAUCAAGACGCUGGUGGAGAGUCUGCAGAGAUUUGUGGAUGAUGGAAAGAACCAGCUUCUCCUGGCCUUGCUCAAAUGCACAGACACGUCUCUGCAGCUGCGACGGGAUGUGAUCUUCUGUCAGGCUGUGACCGGAGCCCUGUGCACGUUAGCGGAGCAGCUGUUGGCCGCUCUGAGAUGCAGGUUCAACAACGCGGGAGAAUAUCAGGAGGACUGCAAAGAGACCAGUCGCAAGUGGCUGGAGCAGAUCUCCGUCAUCGGGGUCCUGCUGCACUUCCAGUCCACUCUGGCGCCCCAUGUGAAAGAGGAGCGGACCAUGCUGGAGGACACCAAGGCCGCCCUGUUGGACUUGGACAAAGUGACUGUGUUCUUCAGGCAGAUGGAGGACGAGUGUCUUGUUGCAAAUACACCAGUGUGCUACCAGGUGGAAGGCAGUCGACAGGCCCUGAGGGUCACCCUGUAUCUCGACAGCUGUCACUUCAAUGAGCUGCCGAGCCGACUGCAGAACGGAGGCAGCCUUAAGCUGCACACUGUGCUUUUUACCAGAGCUCUGGAACGUCCAGAGGGAGUGUCCCAGGCCGAGUAUGUGACGAUGGAGGAGUUCCAACAGCGCACUAACGCUGUUUCUUUGGAGAAAGUCAAAGCCUACUACCGCAAACUCAGGGCCUUUUAUUUGGAGAAGUCCAACCUGCCCACAGACUCCAACAGCACAGCAAUGAAGAUUGACCAGCUGCUUCGUCCUCUGAACACCCUGGACGACCUGUGCCGUCUGAUGCAGUCCUAUGUGAAUGUGCGCCCCAAUGCCCAGGGUCACCCAUCGGGGGUCAGUGUUCUGUGUGUUUCCUCAGAACUGUGCAACCGACUGGGAGCCUGUCACAUCAGCAUGUGUGGCACCGGCAUGCAGAGAUGUACUCUGAGCGUGACCCUGGAGCAGGCUAUGAUCUUAUCCAGAAACCACGGCCUAAUGCCUCGCUGCAUCAUGCAGACCAUGGACAUCAUGCGUAAACAGGGAGCCAGAGUGGAGCUCUCUGCAAAGAACCUCAAGGUAAUGGACCAGAUGCCUCCCUCUGCUCCUAGGCUUUUCAAGCUGUGUUUACCACCGUCAGAUGGAGAACUCUAA